GGCCCACUGUCCCCACAGAACAGAGGCACCAUGCACUCACCAGCCAGGACACCAGACAUGAUCCGAAGACCUGCAGGGCUGGCUACAGCAACUCCCGGACACUGAGGAAAGCCCAGGCUGGAAGCCGGGCAGGUAACACCUGUCCCCAACAGCCAUGCAUGCCAGCUGCUGCUCCAGGCCCGUUCUAUCCCCAGGCCCAAGAUGACAGCCAAUAGCACUGAGGAGUGGCCCAGCUCUGUUCCCAAGGGGGCUCUGGGGCUCUCUCUGGCCCUGGCAAGCUUCAUCGUCGUGGCUAACCUGCUCCUGUCCCUGGGCAUCGCUUGGGACCGCCGUCUGCGCAGCCCACCUGCUGGCUGCUUCUUCCUAAGCCUGCUGCUGGCCGGGCUGCUCACGGGGCUGGCACUGCCCGUGCUGCCAGGGCUAUGGAACCAGAGCCACCGGAGUUACUGGCCCUGCCUCCUUCUCUACUUAGCUCCCAAUUUCUCCUUCCUCUCCCUGCUCGCCAACCUCCUGCUGGUGCAUGGGGAGCGCUACAUAGCAGUGCUGAGGCCACUCCGGCCCCCUGGGAGCACACGGCUGGCCCUGCUCCUCACCUGGGCUGGCCCUCUGCUCUUUGCCAGCCUACCUGCUCUGGGGUGGAACCACUGGACCCCUGGUGCCAACUGCAGCUCCCAGGCUGUCUUCCCAGCCCCCUACCUCUACCUUGAAAUCUAUGGGCUCCUGCUGCCUGCUGUGGGUGCUGCUGCCCUCCUCUCUGCCUGCGUGCUGGCCACUGCCCACCGCCAGCUGCAGGACAUCCGUCGGCUGGAGCAGGCAGUGUGCCGUGACACACCUUCAGCCCUAGCCCGGGCCCUUACCUGGAGGCAGGCAAAGGCACAGGCAGGAGCCACACUACUCUUUGUGCUGUGCUGGGGGCCCUACGUGGCCACCCUGCUCCUCUCAGUCCUGGCCUUUGAGCACCGCCCACCACUGAGGGCUGGAACUCUGUUGUCCCUCCUCUCACUGGGCAGUGCCAGUGCAGCAGCCGUGCCUGUGGCCAUGGGGCUGGGUGAUCAGCGAUACACAGCCCCCUGGAAGGCAGCUGCCCAAAGGUGGCUACAAGGCCUGCGGGGAAGGACCCUGUGGGGAAGGACCUCCCGGGGCAGUCCAGGCCCUAGCACUGCCUACCACACCAGCAGUCAAAGCAGCGUGGACCUGGACUUGAACUAGGGACUGGGCCUGGGCUGACCCUACCAUAGCAUCCACCCAUCUCCACCAAUCCUGUCUCCACAGGUCCCCACUUUUCAGAGUCAAAGACCUUGCCCCACCUGACUCUGCACUGACUGA